AUGUCGCACCAAGUUCGCAUUGGUAAGCCAGGUGUGAAGCGGAUCGACUCGACUGAGGCCAUGGGCAUUCCAGACGAGUCCAGGGAGUGGUUCGUGUCUUGGCCGCCCGUGGUGUCCUUUUGUUCUCAGCUUACUGUGGGGGGCCUGGUCCGGGUCCGGGGAAUUCACCAGGCGGAGCUGGGCUCCCAAGUCAAAGCACUCAAGCUACGAGCCGAGAACGCGUUGGGAGCAGGGUGUGGUCAGCUGGUGACCUCCUCAGGGGUGGCUCUGAAUGGAGAUGCGACCCUGGCAGACGUUAGAGUGCAGGAGGGCGAUGUGCUGCACCUGCACGUGAGGGAAAUCCAAAUCGCCGCAACCGGCAGUGCAUUCGCUGCCCUGUUGGGUGAUGGCUCUGUGGUCACUUGGGGAAGACCGGCGUCAGGAGGUGACAGCAGCGCUGUGCAGGGGCAGCUGCAGAACGUGGGGCAGAUCUGUGCUGCGACUCACGCUUUUGCAGCCAUCCUUGAGAAGAAUGGCUCGGUUGUGACCUGGGGCAAGGGCGACUGUGGUGGUGACAGCUCGGCUGUCCAGGAGCAGCUUCAUGAAGUGCAGCAGAUCCAAAAUUCCAUGGGUGCAUUUGCUGCCCUUCUCCGCAACGGCCACGUGGUCACCUGGGGCGACUCCUUUUCGGGUGGUGACAGUGGGGCUGUUCAGCAUCAACUACUGGAUGUGGUGUCGAUAAAGGCAUCUGGUGCGGCGUUUGCUGCAAUUCUUGGCAAUGGCUCUGCAGUGGCCUGGGGCAGUAGUGACCACGGUGGCGACAACAGUGCCGUUCAAGAGCAGCUACAGGACGUCGUGGACAUCCAAUCUACGGACAGGGCGUUUGCGGCAAUUCUUGGAAACGGUCGUGUGGUGACAUGGGGUUCUGCCGAUUAUGGUGGAAAUAGCGCAGCGGUGCAGGAGCAGCUGCGACAUGUGCAGCAGAUCCAAGCCAGUGACUGUGUAUUUGUUGCCAUCCUCACUGACGGAUCAGCGGUCGCCUGGGGUGGUUUCGAGUUCGGUGGAAGAAGAAAGGUCCUAGCUUCAAUGGAGCUGCGGCAGCGCAAUGUCCAGCACAUCCAGGCCAGCACCGGCGCGUUUGCUGCGAUGUGUGCUGACGGUUCAGCGACAGCUUGGGGCACGACCUUCGGGGGGGGCAGCAUGACCCAGGACCGACUGAAGAACGUGCAGCAGAUACAGUCUUCGGCGCAUGCGUUUGCUGCUCUAUGCGGGGACGGCUCUGUGCUGACUUGGGGACACCCGAGCUUUGGUGGAGACAGCAGCCGCGUCCAGCAAGAACUGAGAGAUGUGCAGCAGAUCCAAGCCAACAGAAGCGCUUUUGCUGCGAUCCGUAGGGAUGGCUCUGUAGUGACAUGGGGCGAGCAUGGUGGGGACAGCUGCGCCGUCCAGGAGCACUUGCAGCAAGUGGUGCGCAUCCAAGCUUCCAGCCGUGCCUUUGCGGCCAUCCGCCGCGACGGAAGGAUUGUGACGUGGGGCGAUCCGUCCGGCGGUGGUGACAGCAGUUCCGUUCAGGACCAACUGCGCGAACAUGCCCAGACAGCCGGGGAAGAAGCUCCAUUCGGUACGGAGGGACCACAUGAACCCUGCAGUUGA